CACAGUCUCCAGGUUUCCAAACCCCAUGAUCCCAUGUGGCAAGAGGCGAGAUAAGGUAUUCUACUCCACGGCCAGGGCGAGAGCGUUUGGGGUAUUGAUCGACUCGUUAUAAGAAGUGAGGAUGCCUCUGCUCUGACCCAUCAUCUUUGACCGGUACUUCGACUCUUCUCCAACAUACGCCCAUCAUGUCUGCAGACGACAAACAACCCACGUUCUUUGCGGAGACGGCAACGACGACGACGAAUGAGAAGGAACUAGCCGUCAAUGCUCAGCUCGGUGCACAAGAGCAGCAUGAGCUUACCGUCAAGGACUCCUUUCGCCUGUACAGGCCAGCGAUAGCAUGGUCCUUCCUUUUCUCAUUAGGCGUUAUCAUGGCCGGCUUUGAUCCCCAGCUCGUCGGUUCGCUCGUCGCCAUUCCCACUUUCCAAAAACAAUUCGGCCAGAAAAUCGGUCCCAACGAAUGGGUCGUCGCGGCCAAGUGGCAGUCAGCCUUCAACCUCGGUGUUCCCGUUGGUCAAGUCGUGGGAUCUCUUGGAGUUGGUAUACCCCUGGACAAGAUUGGCAGACGCUGGACACUGGCAUGUUGCUGCAUCAUCACCUGCAUCGCCGUCGCCUUGCAAUCUUCCUCGCAAAACAAGCCUCAGAUCCUGGUUGCCGAGCUGGUCAAUGGUGUUGUCCUGGGAGCCUACCCUGUAAUCGCCCCUACCUACAUUUCGGAAGUAACGCCUGUGGUAUUCCGUGGCUUCGCCGCCGCCUUUGUCAAUCUCUCCUUCGUCAUCGGACAACUGGUCGCCAGCGGGGUGCUUGCUGGAACGCAGAGCCGGACGGAUCGAUGGUCCUACGACAUCCCAUUCCUCGUUCAGUUCGUCUUCCCGAUCAUCAUCUUGUGUCUGCUCCCAUGGGCCCCAGAAAGCCCCUGGUGGCUCGUACGGAAUGGCAAAGAUGCAAAGGCGAAGAAGGCGUUAACCCGGCUGGCACAUCCAUCGGUCGAUGUGACGGCGACACUGGCACACAUCAAAUUGACGACCGAACUCGAACUGGAGGAGCGUAGUUCUGCAACUUUCGCAGAUUGCUUUCGUGGAACGGAGUUGCGACGUACUACCAUCUCUACCAUGGUCUAUGCCAUCCAGCCACUCGCCGGCAAUUUUUUGGUCAUCGGUUACGCAGUGUACUUUUUUGAACUCGCUGGCCUUCCCGUCAAUUCCUCCUUCUAUCUCGGUGUCGGACUGCUCGCGCUUGGCUUCGUGGGCACUUGUCUUUCCUGGCCACUCAUCAAAGUCACCGGCCGAAGGCGCAUAUAUAACUGGGGGCUUGUGACGCUCAUGAUCUUGCUCCUCCUCAUCGGAAUCCUCGACUGCAUUCCCCUCAAAGCCGGCGACCUGGGACCAAGAUGGGCGCAAGCUGCAUUGAUGGUGGUGUACAAUUUCUUUUACGACCUCGGCAUCGGGCCUCUCUGUUUCGUCAUCAUCUCCGAGACAUCCUCUGCCAAGCUGCGCGGCAAGACGAUCGCCAUCGCGACGACCGUCAACGCGCUCAUCAAUGUUGCUUGUGCCGUGGGCAUUCCAUACGCCAUCAAUCCCGACCAGGGCGAUCUGGAGGGCAAGCUGGCGUUUGUCUUCUUCGGCGUGUCGGUACCCUGUCUCAUCUGGUGCUGGCGCUGCUUGCCGGAGACAAAGGGACGGACGUUCAACGAGUUGGACGUCAUGUUCCAGAAGAGACUGCCGACCAAAGAGUUCAAGACGUACGUGGUCGAGGAUGAUAUGGCGUUCCAUGUCUAUGAAUGAUUUCUGCUGGAUCUGUGUAUAAAUGAUAGAGAUGUACAUAUGAUGGCAUAGAGAUGAUAUAUAUGGUGACUGAUACAUCAAAUGAUGUUAUGCUGAUACUACUACACUUUGG